CCAGUAUAUAGUCAUACAACAUCGCAAAUAUGUGGUUUAUUAAAUUAAGGCUUUGUUCCUGUUCAUCAUUUUUGUUAAUUUUAAUACUAAUUUGUCCAAGUUUAGGAAAACCCAAAAAUCCAGUGAUAUUAGUACCGGGUGAUGGAGGCAGUCAGAUUCUGGCUAAACUGAACAAGUCGUCUGUGGUGCACUAUAUCUGUGAGAAGACCACUGCUGACUACUACAGUCUUUGGCUCAACUUGGAGAUGAUGAUCCCGGAAGUGAUUGACUGCUUUGUCGACAACAUGAGACUUGUGUAUCACCCUGAAAAUCACACCACAAGUAACUCUCCUGGGGUUGACACGAAAAUCCCAGGCUUUGGGAAGACUGAACACAUUGAGUGGCUAGAUCCUGAUGUGCACGUUCACUAUUCAUCCACUUCCUACUACAACCCAAUAGUGGAGGCCUUGGUUCUGUGGGGCUAUGAACGGGACGUCAGCAUCAGGGGAGCUCCGUAUGAUUUCAGAAAGGCUCCUAAUGAACUGGGUCAGUUUUUCUUCGACUUCCAACUGCUGGUGGAGGAUACAUAUGUAAAGAAUAACAACAGCAAGGUGAUAGUGUUGGCUCACAGCAUGGGCAAUGCCAACAUGCUGUACUUCUUCAACCAGCGGCCGCAGUCGUGGAAAGAUAAGUUCAUCAAGUUCUGGAUCAGUCUGUCGGGAGUCUGGGCAGGAGCUGUGAAACCCCUGAGGCUCAUGGCAUCAGGAGACUCUCUGAACAUUCCACUGGUCUCAGCCAUGUCUAUUCGUAUUGAACAGCGCUCCAUGAUGAGUACAGCAUUCCUUAUGCCAUCUGACAAGUUCUGGGGCAACAACGAAGUCCUGGUCUCGCGGCCCGGCAAGAAUUACACAGUGAACGAUUAUGAGCAGUUCUUCAAGGAUCUCUUCUUCAGCACAGGCUACUCCAUGAGAAAAGACGUCGACCAUCUGAUCAGAGAUCUCAAGCCGCCCAUGGUCGAUGUUUAUUGUCUCCACGGUACCAAUGUUUCUACCCCCGGCAUGCUGAAUUACAGUGAAGGGCAAUGGCCAGAUUCGCAGCCCACAGUGGUUCCCGAUAAUGGUGACGGCACAGUGAAUAUUCGGAGUUUACAGGGUUGUCUGGCUUGGCAGAAAUCUCAGAAAGUUGUCCACAAGGUUUUCAACAAGGUGGAACAUACGGAAAUCCUCAUGGACAAAGAUGUCAUUGAUUAUUUAAAAACUAUUCUCAAAAGUUGAUGUCAUCGGCUGCUUAUUUUUAAUGUGUAUGCAAGUAACGGAUGGUAAGAAUUCAGAAUUCGGUUCCUAGUGCAUUACCAUUUUACUUGCAUUGUUGGAAAUGUUAGAUUAUAUGCAAUUCAUAUAAAAAAAAGUGAUCAUUCUAUUAUCCCAAGUGGAGUGUGAUGGGUGUGUAUAUACAGCUCACACCUACCCUAUCCUUUUUUAGUUAAGAACCUUUUUGAAAACACAAAAACCCUAAAGUAUUGGUCCAAUUUGUUCAAAGGAAAUUGAUAUUUUAUUUCACAACACUCCUGCAUAUAUGUUUAAUUUAUAACAGGCUUGAAAUUAUAGUAAUUGUGACACAUCCUACAAAAUAUCUUUGUAAUUUAAUUUAUAAAAGACAAGAUAACACAUGCAAUAAUUGCUUUUGAUAUAUCUGUUGAAGCUUAAACUUUAUGAUUUUGCCUCUAACCCCACCCAUAUUUUAUGCAGUUUGAGUUUUGUGAGUUGAUUGUAGUGCAAACCUAAACAAAAUUAAAAUAGAAUUGAAUACUAAAUUUGUUGGCAGCUAUCACAUUUUCAUUAUACAGUCUCUUUGAUAAAAUCGUAUUUGAAAUUUUGAUUACUGUUUUACAGGCAAUCUAGUAUUUGAGAGUUCCUUUGUCACUGUUUAAUAUCAAAGUUGCCACCAUUGAUAUUAUGACAACUGCUUGUUUGAAAUGUUUAUGUAUCAUGUGCAUAAUGUAUAUAAAUAUCUUUGUUGUGUGUUUAUGACAUCUGUUGAGUUCAUAUUUAAAUAUUAGAUCACAAGCAUGUCAAGAUCUGUCCACUAAAGUCCGAACCAAAUUGUUAACAACUACAAUAAAUUACUCUCCUACCUUUAAUUACCGUUACAUAUCCGCAAACUUUUGUCCAGACACAAGUUGUGAAAAAACCAUU